AUUAAUUUAGAACCAGAUUAUUCCAUGCAAAUUAACACUAUCCAUCAUUGGGAAAAAAAUUUAAAAAUACUCAUUCAUACACUAUGGCAAAAACCAUCACUGCUUCACUUGUUCUAGUUCUCCUUGUUGUGGCUUUUCUGGAUGGCUAUAGUGUUGAGGGUGCAACAAGAGGUAAUCCAACAAGAGGAAAAAAAUUUAAAAAUACUCAUUCAUACACUAUGGCAAAAACCAUCACUGCUUCACUUGUUCUAGUUCUCCUUGUUGUGGCUUUUCUGGAUGGCUAUAGUGUUGAGGGUGCAACAAGAGGUAAUCCAACAAGAGGAAAAAAAUUUAAAAAUACUCAUUCAUACACUAUGGCAAAAACCAUCACUGCUUCACUUGUUCUAGUUCUCCUUGUUGUGGCUUUUCUGGAUGGCUAUAGUGUUGAGGGUGCAACAAGAGGUAAUCCACCAAAGAAAGAUGACAAUGUUUACAAAUCUUAGAAGUUUCUGUCAUUAAUAAGAUAUUGUGUGUAUUUGUAUAACAUGUGUUUUGUAGUUGAUCCUAGCUUUUGUCCUCAGUACUAUAAGAUAUGUACUUUUAACUCAGAUCUUCAACCAACCGUAGCUAAAAGAAGUCGUACUAAAGCUGAAAGAGUUCCGUGAUAGGAGAUUGUUGCAAAUGGUUUGCGUUAUAGAUAUUAUACAAUGUUGUGUGUGUGAGUGUGAGAGUAUUAUAAUUUCAAAAUUAUAUAGCUAAAUAACCUUAUAGGCCUUUACUGGAUGUGCCUUAGCUAAAUAAAUAUAUUAUUUUUGUGCUA